AUGCUUCCCGAUGAUGAGGAGGAGUGGGAGGACGAAGACAAGGAUGCACGAAGCGAGCGAAAGAGUCGACGAGGGGAUGGCGAUGAAAGGAGGCGCAAGAGCAGCAGUGGUAGAGCUGGAUGGGUUCGAAGCCGCAGCCGGUCGCGAGAUAGGAAGGACAAGGACAAGGACAAGAAGAAAGCACCCUCGAGCUCUCAGAAAACUUCGCGAGAGAAGGACAAAGAUCGAUCGAAGAGACAGGAGGUCGUCUCGGCGGAGCCAGAGGCAAUGCGAGCUAUGCCGGAGAUGGGUAGUUUCGAACAAUUCCCGGGACAGUACGCGAGUGGCCAUAUGGGCCCUGCGCGAUCCGCGCAUUCGAAAGCGAUGAUGUCUGGCGCUCUUCCGAGCUCUGCGCCGCAGCAGGGUCAAUUCCCUGGUCAGGACAAUGUGCCAUUUGAGCCUUCAAUGCCCAGUCGUGCCGAUAGCUACGGACAUGCCGCGGACUACUAUCUCGAUACCGGCGAGUCAGUGCAGCAUCAGCCUGGCGUGAGACCCGCUACUCCGAACAUGCUUGUGAAUCCGGACCUUCAUUUGGCACCUGCUCUGGCUGAGGCGCAGCCUGUGAGUGAUACUGGCAAUGGAGCAGCGGCCGACUUCUACAGUGAGAACGUCGGUACUGGGACAGGCGUCUCGGCUUCAGCGCCAGUCACACCGGCUGGGAAGACAAAGCCAACUAAGCCCGGAAAACAGUCCUCUUGGAGUGCAUCCAAGCCCUCGAAGACAUCGAAGCCAUCAAAGACGUCCAAGCCAUCCAAAGCAUCCUCAUCGGGUGCUGCCGCUGCCACAUUGGCUGGAGCAGCUGGUGUCGCAGCACUCAGCGCUCACUCUUCUUCCGGAUCGUAUCAGCAAGCCAGCAGUAAUGGCUACUCGAAAGACCCAGUGACGCCUCACUCCAAGCCAAGCCGCCACGAUUCCCAAGAAGUUGUCUACUACGGACCGCCACCUCGAACCAGCGCUCCGAACGGCUACGGAGCGUCGAACCCACCUACUUACACAUACGGCGUGCCGGGUUCCGCGAGCGCAUACAUCUCUGCGCAAUCUACUAACAACAGCUACGCGACCGCGCACACUUCUCACGGCAAGCAACCCGCCAACUCUAACAUUCCACUAUACGCAGCCGGUGCCGCCGCCGCAGGACUAGCAGCAUACGGAGUCAAUCAUCAGCAUCAUCAGCACAACGGUCACAACAUGACUUCCAAUGGAGGGCACGGCGGCGGUGGCCGACCGCCGACCGGAGGAAACAGUUACUACCCCUCUAGUGCUUCUGGCUCUGGCAACGGCAUGAAUCAAAUGCAUCAUCAUGAACACAAAGGACCAAUCACACGCCUCAAGGACGGUUUGCUCAAUCUGAUCUCCUCGCCGGAGGACACCGCGAAGAUGGAGAUGUACACCGAGUACAUUGGCGUGUGCAAGUACUGCUUCGAUCCGCGGACCUCAGCUUGGGAUGCGCCACGUGUCCAUCACUACCACAAGCGCCGCGAUUCGUUCGAGGACUUGCGCCGGCGGAGAUCUAACGAGAAGUUGUACCGGAAAGGGAGCAAUGAUUCUCUGCGUCGUGUGAGAGUGGACAAGGGCGACCGUUACUACGCUUCCGAUAGCAGCCGGAAGAGACGUGAGAAUGGCAAGGGCAGCGGUAUUCUCGGCGCCGGCCUGGCUGCUGCUGGUGUCGCGACGGCUACCGACGCGAUGUUUGGUAGAAACAAGGACUUUGAUGACACCUACAGCGUCAAAUCUGGUCACCGCGAAGAAUCGGCGGCGCGAAGAAGGAGCCGAAGCUCAUCAAGAGAGCACAGACGCAGAUCCACCCAUGGUGUUGUGAGGCCCGACAAGGAAGAGUUCAUUACAGUCCGUAAGAAGGAUGGAACGACUGAGCAAAGGAGAGUCCGCCGAUCUUCACGCUCAACUUCACGAGAGCGGAAGUCGAGUGGCCUCUACGGCAUGGCUGCCGGUGCUACGCUUGGCGCUGUAGCUGCUACAGCCGAUUCAUCGCGACGUCGCUCGAGGAGUAGUUCGAGAGAGUCAAAAAGUCGACGAAAUACUCGCCGCUCGACAGCAGGGUCUUCUUACUCUCGCAAUGAUCGCAACGAGGCCCCAACUGGAAUCUUUGGUGGCUUCUUCUCACCUCCGCAGAAGAAGCGCCGAGACUCAGGUGGUCGCAAAGAGCACCGCAAGAAGAAUCGUGGCUUCUUCACCUUCAGUAACAGUUCCGGUUCCUCAACGAAUUCCGAGCUCGCAUUCGGCGAUGCAUUCUCUAGCAAAGCAAGCCUACCAUUGAGCAGGAAGUCAUCCACUCGCUCUACUGCUAGGCGUGGAAGGAGAAAGUCCGACGACCACAUCGCAGCAACAGUAGCCGGUAUUGGUGCCACUGCUGCUGCCUUGGCCGCCGCUCAGAGAGGCGGCAGAAUCAACAAGCGGCCCAGCAAGGUCGAGCUUGGUGCGAAAAAGGACAGCCACCGCAUUGGACGGGAUGGGCGCCGUGUUCGUUCCUCGGAUGAUGACGAUUGGGAAGACGAAAUGCCAUCUAACGGCUCGAGCGAGUCAGUCGAUGGAGGUCUUGCAUUCGGCGAACUUGACGGACGGCGACUUUCCGGGCGUCAAAGUCUAGAAAGCAUGACCUCUCAGUCUUCCGCUGGCGGUCUCGGCGCCUGGGGCUGGAGAUGGGGUGGCAAGGAUAAGAAGAGGAGGCCUCGAGUGUCGACUUCUCCGCCCCCGUCUUAUCAUUCGGGAUCAUUCGCGGGCAGCACUGCUGUGGGUCCCGCUGCUGGGUAUGCCGCCAAUGCUGUUGGUUCGUCAUAUUCCUCCGGGCAGUCUGCGUACGAUGAUACCGGCAGACGGCUUCCAAGCAUGGCCGCAACAUACCCGCCAAGCCCUGCUCAGCCUCUGCAAUAUGUCGACCCGCAGCCUCUAUCGGAAGCAGGAAGCCUUGCCGGAUCUCGACAUCCGUCCAUGCCAGGUGCAUUUGACGUUGAACCGCCAUCCAUCUACCAUCCAGGCGCCGCCCCGCUUCAGCAACCGCAGCCAACGACACCAAUCCGCACAGCCUUUACUCAGAACUCCCAUGAUGGAGUCGAUGCUGACUGGUCCCGCCCCAAGCCUCGUCGCACCAACUCUAGCCCGAGUCGCGGGACGUUUGCCCAGGAUGCCGCUCUCAUUGGUGCCGGUGCUCUUGCAACCGCAGGCAUCAUUGCAGCCACUUCAUCUUCCGCUGGCAAGAAAUCGCGCGGGGAACCGUCCAAUGUGCGCUUUGGCCUGACCGAAGAGCAGCAGCGGAAGGAUGACCGUGACCGCGUGAGGGACAACCAGCGAGCUGACGAAGAGCGCCGUCGUGCCGAUCGUACACGAGCUCUGAAGGAAGAAGCUGAGCGUGUCGCAAGAGAGUCAAGACAAGAAGAGAUUCGUCGUGCACGUGAGGAUGAGAAUCGUCGCGCUGCGGAGGCGGAGCUUGUGAGGCAACGGGACAUCGCGAAGAGAGAAGCCGAACACCAGGCCGAGAUGGAACGACAGCGAGCCGAGAGGGAAGCCAUGGACCGUUACAUUGCCGAGCAGAACCAGCGCCGUGACCGCGAGGAUGCCUAUCGUCGCGAGCAAGCAAGGCUCGCCGAGGAGGCGCGACUACAAGAGGAGAAGAGAGAAGCCAUCGAGCGAGGAAGAUUCGAGCGCCUGCAAGAAGUCGAGCGGAUGGAGGCCGAGCGAGGACGAAUGACCUCCGAUCGUGAGCGCCAGGACUCCUUCUCCAAGCGUGACGGCAAACAACCUCAACAAGACUACAGAAAGCAGUCUUCCUCCUCUCCUUGGGGUGCUGUUGCUGCAGCCGCGGCUGUUGCCACUGUCGGUGCUGCUGUCGCGUCCAAAGACCGCGAAUCUUCUCGUAGCCGGAAUCGUAGCGGCGAGUCGUAUGACCCAUAUGUCAAGGAGAUCACACCGCAGAAUUCCCACGACGGCGAGCCACUCAUGGACGACGACAUCUACGAUCCCGACUUCUUCAAGAAGCACACGCCCGCGGAGAACGCCCGCCACGAAGAGCUCGCCCGUAAAGCUGCGGAAAAGGUCGUGUCCGAGCGAGAAAAUGCCUACGCCGAUCACUCGACAUACGCCGAAUUCUUUGCCCCAAAGGAUGUCUUCUCUGAGCCCGCUGAAGGCAAGACGAAGGUCAUGGGCCCCAAUGCGGACAACGACAUUCCCGUCUUCCGUGCCAUUGACACGGAUGUGAUGUCUCGGUUCAACCGCUCGGUCUCUGGCGAGGUGCCUAACAGAAGUCGUCAUGCACCGUACGGCGUUCCCAAACUCACCGUCAUCUCGCCUACGCCUCCUCGUGAUACGACAAGCCCAAGUCGCACUAAGGGUUCUGAGGCAUCCUCGCCGCUCUCCAAAGCAUAUAGCGUUGACGAUGAUGUUGAGGACAUCGGGCCCGAUGAGAAGGCUGAGCGUAGCAGGAGCAUCUCUUGGGGCGAAGACCAGACCCACGUGUACGAUGUGCGGACUCCUGAAAGCUAUCUAGAGAAGGAUCGUGAUUCCUUCUUUCCCAGUCCAGUCGGUGUAGCAGCAGGAGCUGCCACUGCAGCCGUCGCUGGCGCUGCCCUGCACGAGAUUGUGGUUGAGGACGCUUCCACGAGCAAGCCGAAGACUACCAAAUACAGCGAGCAGGACUUUGCCGAAGACUCCCAGACAUCUCGCGAGCAAAGCAGAUGGACAUCGCCGGGCCAAAGCAAUACAAGACCAGGGCCGUCGUCGUUCUAUCAACAGCCAUUCUUCGACACUGUUUCGGACAUCGGGGUCGUGCUUGACUCGCCUGGUACUGAAGGAGCGCCACCUGUCCGCGGCUUCAUCGAGGGUGAGACAGAUGAGCCAACACCCAUCGACGAGAAGACUCCACGCAUCCCCGGCGGUUUCAAUGAUGACAACGAUGACAUUUACCGUCCAAGACGUACUCCGGAAUCUGCCUCGCAAACAUUCGUCGACAAGCAACAAAUUGACGAGCCGACUGCCGCAGGCGCAUCUAAAGAAGCGCCGCCAGCCGAUGAACUUGCAUGGGAGCCACCACUCUCCAAGAAAGAGCAGAAGAAGCGAGACAAAGCCAAGCGCGCGAGCCUGGUCGACAGCGAGCCUGAAAAGGCGGUGAAGGAGCCUGAACCCGCCACCGAUGCGGAGCCUGCAUGGGAACCUCCACUUUCGAAGAAAGAGCAGAAGAAGCGUGACAAGGCUGCGAAACGAUCGAGUACCAUUGACAGCCAGCCUCCGACACCCACUGAAGUCGAGCAAGAGGCAAUUCCGGAGCCCUUGGUAUUGACGGAAUCUCCUGCUGCCGAAGAGGAGCCGGAGGAGUUCUUCAUGAGUAAGAAGGACAAAAAGAAGCGCGACAAGGCCAAGAAGCAGGGCUUUGCAGACAUUGUCACUUCGGUUGAUGGCGAUUCGCGCGAGAUGCCUGAGCCUGAACCCACUCAAGAGUACGUCCGCGAACAGAGUCCAAGCACUCGCGACGAUCCGCCGCCUUCGAAGAAAGAACAAAAAAAGCUCGAGAAGCAAGCGAAAAAGUCCGGCUUCAGUGGCUUUGCUGAUGUCGCUGAUACGAUCCUCGCAACUGGUGGGGUUGCUGCAGCUGCCGCCGCACUUGCGGGUGACGACGACUUUACUCCGAGCUCGAGCGGCAAGAAGAAGGACAAGAAGAGCAAGAAGCCCAAACUUGGCGAGCCAUUGGACCGCGACCUGCGCGACGUUGAGCCCGAGUCUCCAUCGCCGCAAGAACAAUCUGGCAUGCCUGGCGGUUGGGAUAGCGAGAAAGAGCCAUCCCGUAAGAAUAGCGAGACUGGAGUACCGGAGGAAUCAUUCGACCCAUUCCAGUACCAGGUCUAUGACGGCAGCGACGCCUCUACAGCCUUGCCAGACUCCGCGAAAGUACAGGAAACGGACCCUUGGGCCGAGUUCUCCGAACCAAAGAAGAGCAAGAAGAAGUCGAAGCGGAAUAGCGCUGCGUUCAACUUGCCCGAGGUAAGCUCGCCGCUCCGAACUGAAGUUGCGUGGGACGACUAUGUCACUGGUUCGAAGCCUGCUGAGACAUCUCGCGAUGCUCCGGAGACUGAUCCUCGUGCAAAUGGCACCACCAACGGAAAGGGUCAUCAAGCAGAGCGUUCUCCGCCGUCAAAUGCAGAAGCGAACCCGGUUUCAGCGGAACGCCGCCAGUCGGACUACUUUGGUGAUGCCCAGGACGCAAAUGGCGAGAGCUCAAGACGCAGAUCCCCGGAUGACUAUCGUUCGGUGGUGUCGGCGCCAACACCUGGCACUGACGAUCGUCGAAGGUCUCGACGUGAUGAGACUCGCCAGGGUAGCGACUACUUCGAUGAGCCCUCUUACGCUUAUGACACAAAGUCGAUCGCGGCUUCGGAACCGGCGGACCUCUACGAAAGCUCGAAGAAGUCCAAGCGCAGAUCUCGCCACGAAGACGAUGAACCACGAAAGUCCAGGCGCGACGACGAUGACACACGCUCUGUCGUAUCUAGUCGCUCCCGUCGCGACAAAGACGAGUCUCCUUCGUCUGCCAAGAAGGAGAAAAAGAGUGGUAUCCUCGGAUCGUUGUUCGGCCGCAAGUCCGAGGGUGCGCCGUUGAGUAGAGAGACUACGCGGGAGAGCAAGACCAGCAAAGAGGACGACGAUGAGGAAGAUCGUCCUCGGCGCAAGAAGAAGCACCGUGACUCUCAGGCUGGGCCGGAUGAUGAUGACGACACCCGUAGUGUCAAAUCUGAUUCGCGCCAUCGCCGGCAUCGAUCGUCGAAGUCAGAGCACGGCGAUGAUGACGAUGGCAAAGAGCGCCGGAGACGCAGCACCCCAGAAGACGACAAGGAGCUCGAUGGCAGCGAAAGUGGGCGUCGACACCAUCGUCGUCGCAGAACGGACGAGGGAGAGAACGAGAGCUUGUCUCGCCACACAAGCCACAGCUCUCCAGACAGUGAGAAACGCCCCCAUCACCACCGCAGAAAGACAGACGAAGAGAGCUCCACCUCGAAGGAUCAGUCUUUUUUAGGGAUGCGGGUAGAGGACAUGCCGCCUCUACCCGUUGAGAUUCCGGUAGCUACCACAAGUUCAGUCGAAGAUGACAAGACCGCGCAGGAAUUCGGCACCCCUGCGCUGGCUGAACUUGAUACUGGAAUGGUGAGCGACGUAGUACGAUCCGUGGAGGUUGAGCAUGAGGAUCCAGCUCCCAGUGCUGUACUUUCGCCUCCGACUCCACAUAGUGGUACCCGGCCUACGAGCAGACAAGGAUCAUCGACUGCGGUCCCACUCAGGUUUCCCUUUGGUCAUUCACCGCUCAGCCCUCUGAUGGGGUCUGGAAGAGACCGAUCGCAGAGCUUCAAUGUGGCCGCGUCUCCUGGUGUUCCGUCUCCCUCUUCCCCCACAUACCAUCGCAAGUCUCGUCAAGAUCGUCCUCGUUCGACCGAGAUCAAACCGUUGUACCUUGUUGAACGCAACCGCAAGACACCUGAGGUGGAGGACAUCCUGCCAAGUCUUCCUUCCAGCAAGCCCUCCAGCCGUGCAUCGAGCGCCCAUUUCAGCGAUGACUAUGAGUCUGCCGUUGAGGAUAUGUCGGCUUCGCCCGCAGGGGAGAGGAAGUUGCUCAUCGACACAUCCGCCGCCGAGACUUGGAAUGCAGAGAACAACGAUGUUCUCGGUUCAGGAGAAGUCACGCCGAAGGCUAGUGAGACGCCGAGAUCUUUUGUUCCCAAUACUGCAGAGCGACAGCAUGUCAAGCAGCAGCCUCAGUUCUACACGUGGGAAGACUUUGCUCGAGAGCAACAGAUGCACGAAGCCGAAGAGGACCUGCCACCGCUACCGCAGAGCCGUGCUCUGUCUCCAGUGAAGGCAGAGCGGAGCCGCAGCAGCUCCUUUAAAGCUACCGCUGCUGCAGCCAUGCUGGGCGCUGUUGGCGGAUAUGCUGCUCAUAAGCCUGCAGACAAGUCGCCGGAACGCACUGACGGACAUGACGCCGAAGCCACGGAGGUGUCUCGUGAAGCUCAGAUUGGUCCGCUGCCUGCGCCUGUCAAUGAACCAGAAGACGAGACUCUGUCCAGGAAGAUCUCCACCAAGAAGAAGGGCAAGAAGAGUAAGAAAUACCAGCAACUUGACGCGAGCCCCUCUCGGAACAUUGAGAACAUCGAUUCUGCCGAGCCACAAACAGAUCCAGCCAUGGACGCGCCGAGAGCUAUCGACAACAGUGGAGCAAGUACUGUACCAACAGAUCUUGCCAAUGAGAGUUUCUCCAACACGGUCUAUGCAUCUGCAGCUGCGCAUACGCUGCCUGUGUACGAGUUCAGCCGUGGAUCCAUCACACCAAGCGAAAAGCCAGGCUAUGCAAGCAACCAAUCGAUGCUUCCACAGUCCUCGACAGGCUCUCCUCAUGAGGAGAGCCGACCAGGCACCUCAUACCGCGUGCCCACCACCAAAAGUGAGCCAGCACCGCUGGUCCUUGAGGAGCGCAGUGUCGUCACUCCUGGCCACGAUGUGCUCUCUGAAUCUGCAGAGAUAUCUCCUGCUCCACAAUUGACGCGAAAGCAGUCCAAGAAGGCAAAGAAGAACCAAAAGUCGAUCUCUCUGUGGGAGGAAGAUGACUCCGCGAAUCUGGCGGCGCUGUCGGAGGAUCCUGACAAGUCUUUGGGUCUGGCCGGUACUGUGGACAAAGAGCAGACUCCCACCGCUGAGCACGAUUUCAAUACCGCGCCUUCAGAGACUGUGCCUACGCCGUCCAACACUUCGUACGUCAAUUUUGGCGUUUCAGACUUUAGCGAUAUUGCUCAGAGCAACAAACUGGCUUGGCAAGACUCGCAGGCUUCAGCCUUCCAGAGCGCAAUGUCUGCAAGUGCUUCUGAUCAGAAGACGAAGCUGGCCACGGACGACAUGCAAACUUCGCGUGGUGUUCCCACUGAUGAGACUCCAGGAUCGAUCGCUGACGCACCGCAAGAAGAGCAAGACGUCGACUUCGCGCCCGUAUCGUCGAAAAAGAAGAGCAAAAAGGACAAGAAGAAGCGCGCAUCGUUUUGGGUCGAGCCCGAGGCUGAGCAAGAUACCGUACCAUCUGUCACGGAGCCGGAAGACCUUCAACGAACAACAACGCCUGUCAUCGACCAAGAACCCUCACGCGAGAUCACGUCGGACUUGCCAUUGGAACCGCCUGCUCCCGAAGACACCCUCACGCCCUCGUCCUCCAAGAAGAAGUCGAAGAAGGACAAGAAGAAAAAGUCGUUCGCGUGGGACGAGCCCGAGCUUGAAGUGACUCCUGCAAAAGAGGUUGUAGACUCAGCAGGCAAUAUUACCGCAGAAAACGAGGACCCACCCGCCACCGCAGAUGUUGACAUGGAAGCUAAAGAGUCGAAGUCGUUACCCGACCAUUCAGCCGCAGUGCCCGACCCUGCAGACGAGUUCUUUGCCCCGGUCUCGAAGAAAAAGAGCAAGAGAGAUAAGAAGCAAGAGUCGUCGUUGCCUGAAACGCCAAGUGAGCCUGCGCUGGAUCAAGCUGAACAGGAAAGGCAACUGUCUCCUGAGCGUGUAGAAGAGUCGAGUCGUGACGACAAUCCGGGCUCAUUCCCAAUGACUGAUGCUCCGUCGGGUGCCGCUCUGGCCCUCGCUGCGGCCUCACUUGCUGCAGAAGCGCCGACUGAAUUGCAAGAUACUGUCCCACAGACAGCGGACGAUGAUUUCGCGCCUCUGUCAAAGAAGAAGGGCAAGAAGGGCAAGAGGAAGAGCCAACUGGAUUGGUCAGACUUCGACCCGACUCCGGUCGUCCAGGACGAGCCUGCUGUCGUAGUAGAAGCUGUUUUGGAGAAUGACACCAACCAAAAUCCAGGGCUUGCAGUUGAUGAGCGCGAUUUGAGUCGCCAUAAGGACGUCGAUAUGCUUAGUCAGGACGAUGCUGCCGGGCCUGAAGACAUCUCGACGAAGGACGCAGUGGCAGAGCCGACUGGGGAGGCUGAGUUCACGUCAGCUCUCUCUCGCAAGCAGAGCAAAAAGGACAAGAAAAAGAAAAAUCGGCAGUCGCAAGCAUGGGAGCCAGAACCAGAGCCUGAGAUUGCUACCACGGAAGCGACGUUUCCCGUUGAAGAAUCGAUUGAAUCGCGGGAUGCAUCACGGCCUUCUAGCGGGCCAACGACCAUAGAUAAAGAUGUUAAAGCUCCUCAAGAAGGUCCGAAUCCUACUACGACCGAGAUCAAGUCUGUCAGGGAAGAGGAAGUCGAGCCUGUCAUCUCUCGGAAGCAAAGCAAGAAGGACAAGAAAAAGAAGAUGCAGUCCAUCUCCUGGGACGCGGAGCCCGAGCCUGCGCCUGAGCCUGAGCCUGAGCCUGAAGUCAAUCAAGGAAGUAUCAAUGACUCUCCGCCAAUGAGUUCCAUUCAAGUUGCGGAAGAUGCUGGCGAAACACAACACGGCGACGAUGAUGCGCAGAACGUGCCUUUGCCGGAAGACGAAGACAAUGAGCUUAUCGAGAUCACGGAUGUUGCUACCCCGACGGCUACCGGUCGCGACCCAGGUCUUGAGUUCACCAAUGAUCAUGAAACAGAGGCAUUCGAGCCGGCGAACGGGCCAGAUUCGGGUGUUGGCGAAGCAGUCGGCGCACACGAGAGCCAACCUCAAUCUCAGGGUACGUGGCUGCCGGAUGUCGACAGUCUCCCAGUCGACGCAGAAAACGAUGAUGGCACAGACGACUUCUUCGGUCCUGCUGACCCGGUCAUGGAAGAGCCUUCCCGUAUGACUGAAGAUCUUGACGCUUUCGGCGACAUGGACGAAGCGACUGUCGAGAGGGAAAAUCGCCGAGCAGCGAGGGAGGCCGCUGAAGCAGCUGCUUUGGCAGAAGCGAACCGACCAAGGCCACAGGAUGACAAUUACGCCGCUUUGAUGGCUGCCAGAAGACCUUCCGGAAGCAAGAAAAGCAAGAAGAGCCGAAAGUCGAUCUCAUCUGUCAACUGGGACGAAUCGACUUCUGGCGAGCAGACUCCGAAGUCCGAAGAGCAGUCUACCUCUGGCGCUCUGACAUCUGCUUCGAUUCCAGAAGAAGCACCCUCAGCUAAAGGCGCCCAGGAUGCUGGAAACGAUACCAUUGAUGAUACCCCACAGGACUUCGCACCGAGUGCUGAGGCUCCACCUGAUGACCUCGAGUGGAAGCCAAGUUCGAAGAAAAAGGGAAAGAAAGGCAGGAAAUCUGCAUCUGGUAGCCUAACGCCAGCGGUCCCCGAGGAAGCAGACGUUCCGGCGAUCGAUCCUACGACAAUAAUCCCGGCAGCAGAAUCCACGAACACUUUUGACGCUCCCGUCGAAGAGCCUCAACUGGAAAUUACUAAGGCCACUACUGGAGCGACUGAAGCUGCACGGGAAGUCUCACAAGAUGCACCGCAAACGGAGGAGCACGAUGCGGAGAUUGAGCCAACUACGCAGACCAGAACGGAGCCAGUCGAGGUUGAACCGGCGCAGUCAACGCUCGCUGAAGAUGGCGUUGCCGUCACGGACAAGCCAGCAGACGAUACAGCAUUCACGUUCCAAGAGACCAAGAAAGCGAAGAAGAAGGGAAAGAAAAUCCGCUCAUCGAAUACUGACCAAGGGCAACUCGUGACGAAUCUGUAG